AUGGAUCCUACAUAUGAGAGCAAAGAUUGGCAUCUGCCAGCACUAGCAACAGGGGGCAGCGUCUCCAACUUGGACCGAAAACAGGCCGUUUUCCUGGACGACAUAGACUCUGAUGACUCGCAAACAUUUGCGAGAGCAGUCCAAAGUGCGCCACCCGCUCUAUCAAAGCCCUCCAUUAUCAGAAAACUCGAUUGUGCUGGCUCAUGCAAAUCUCCAGAAGGAAGUUGCAUUGCAUCACUUCAACAUCUUGUGUCCCAAGCAACAACGGCGGCAGAAACUGUUGCUCAAACAUGGUCCCAAAGUUUACAGAAAAAAGUGGAUGGAACGUCGACGAAGCCUUUCGUGCCUCAAGUGCUCUUCCCAGGGACACAAUACUGUGGUGGAUGUAGUCGUUCACCAGCCUGGGAUGCGAUUGAGCUUCCCAGCCAGUGGUUUCCAAGACAGGACCAACGAAGGAGGGUUGGAGUCACCAGAGUUUCGACUACCAACCUGUCAAAGCUUCUUGAUGCGCCAACUACGCAAGGUUUCGUCAUCACUGAAAGAUGGGUUUCCAAAAAAGUCCGCAAAUUGGAAGGCACAAUUUCACAUACUGCAGUCUCCACGGCCUGGACCUUAGCCCAAGCAGACAUCCAAUGUUUGCCCGAAGCAGAGAAGUCUGAGGCCUGGGCAGAGCAGAGUUUGGAACCCUUCACCAAUGAAUCCAGUGGCACCGAAGCUAUGUUCAGAUAUCAGGGCCACAUUCCUGUCUUGGGAUGCCCACAAGACGAGCUGGCGUACCAAAUGUUCUCCAUAGGACUGCUUCGCAAUGCCAGGGUUCUCAGCAAUGUGAUGUGCAGCGUGGAGCUCUACCAAACCGCUGCCAAACUUCUCGGGAUGAGAGACUCUACCAUGGCUUCUGGACUCGAUACCCAUCUUGGUGGACUGAGAACGUCUAUCAAGGCUGCUAAGUUCCCAAAGCUGCUUCUUAGAGGACCACUUCCCCCCAAGCUUAGCGGUUACGCAACUUGUCCUACAGAUGCAUACAAUUCACUGUGUGACCGAGAGAAACUCAAAGGAGGCAUGCGCAAUACAAGUUUAUUUGCCAUGGCGUUGGGCUACGACAGAGGCGUGUACGGUGGCAGUAUAGCUGGCCUUUGGGCUCUCAUGGACUCCUCAUUCAUGUUCGACUACUCGACUGGCACGUUUAAUACACACCUCGCUGAGAAGAUCAGCAACACUUUUGCCGUUGUACGAGGGCAUGAUACCGGCAACGUUGAACUGAAUGAUCAUUUGCUGGACAUCGUUACCGUGGUAGGGUGUAACUUCACAGCCCUUAAAGCAAAAGCAGCACUUGAGGACUCAAGACAGGGUCUUCAGUCACAACCUUGUGUAGCUAUUUGGGAUGAUUUGGCAGCUCUAUCACGCUAUAGGCUCGCUGACGCCGUCUUCUGUCAUGUCUGGUACGACUGCCCUGGUGAUGAGGCGAGUUUGGCCAUGGUUGGAACUGGUUGUGCAGUCCACGACUUGAUUGACAUCGGUCCAGAUGUUUCUUGCGGCGAAAUAAGCAACAUUAUUCCGUCCUUGACAAGAGGUGACUUGUCUUUUGAAGCCCUCUGGUCUGUACACGUAGGUGUAAUUGCGGCGGUCGAGUGGUAUGCAGAAAAUGACCCCUUCAACACCGGAGCACUUGCAAUAUUGUUUACCCAUUGGUGGCAACUAGACAACUUGCGACAUAGAACCGUAGCCCUCAUGAGUAGGGUUGCGCCAUCACCAGAGUAUGCUGUGUGUCCUGAAAAGCUCUGUUCCGCACCGACAUUUACCACGUUUACAAGCGACAACCGCCUCACGUAUCAAACUGGUCAAUUGAUCCUGGACAACCAGAGAGUUGAAAUUGACCGCAUUGAAGAACAGGGCUUUGAAGAUGUACAAGGGGUGAUUAAGCGUCUUGUUCUCCCGGUGCUUGACUUUGUAGAUGGCAAGGACUCUCGUUUGCCCAUCGAAGUCACGUACUGCGCUGAUGUUCUCGAGGCUUGCUUGUCCCGGAAGCAUUCGGAGAAGAUAAGACUCAUGUGGCGGCUUAUGUUGGUGAUGUGGAAAUGCGGUGCGAUGUGGAAUGUCGUACUUGCUAGCACGCAGUACACACAUCAGGGUUUCACAAACUGUGAUCGUGGACGGGACGAUUAUACAGAGACAACUUGGGCCCAGAAGCUAGGCCAAGGGGAUGAGAAAGUCUCUACUAGUGUCCGAAAGGAUGGUCUUAGGGGCUUUCAGUGGCUGAUUUCGAAGAUACGCCAAUUAUUUUAG